UUGCAGAAGAAAGAGAAUCUGAAUCCAAGGGCAGACAUGGCACCUGUGGUAUCCAAGAGGAAAUCUAUGCAAGCAACAACGACACGCUUGGUCAGCAGAAUUUGGGGAGAGUUUUAUUCUAAUUACUCUCCUGAGGAUUCAUUGCAGGCGAUUGGUGCAGCAAAUGAGAAGGUAGAGGUGGAAGACGAGGGAGAAAAUGGGGAGGAAGAGGUUGAAGAGGAAGGUGAAAAUGAAGAUGUUACGGAGGACACUGUAGCAAAACCUGCUGAAGUUCAAAAGCCUCAUACUCCUAAGAAAAUUCGAGCCAGUUCUGGAAAAAGGGAAAUACGAUGGGAUGGCGAGAGUCUAGGAAAAACAUCUGCUGGUGAGCCUCUCUAUCGACAAGCCCUUGUUGGAGGGGAAACAGUGGCUGUAGGUGGUGCUGUCACCUUGGAAGUUGAUGAUUCAGAUGAACUUCCGGCCAUCUAUUUUGUGGAGGACAUGUUCGAAAGUACAGAUCACUGCAAAAUGUUACAUGGUAGGUUCUUACAAAGAGGAUCUAAGACUGUUCUGGGGAAUGCAUCCAACGAGAGGGAACUAUUUCUGACUAAUGAAUGCACGACUGUACAGCUUAAAGACAUAAAAGGAAUAGUCGACUUUGAGAUUCGAUCAAGGCCAUGGGGGCAUCAGUAUAGGAAAGAGAACAUCGCUGCAGAUAAGCUUGACCGGGCAAGAGCAUUAGAAAGAAAAGCAAAAGAUUUGCCAACAGAAUACUACUGCAAAAGCUUGUACUCACCUGAGAGAGGGGGAUUCUUUAGUCUUCCACUAAGUGACAUUGGUCGCGGUUCUGGGUUCUGCAAUUCGUGUAAGAUAAGGGAGCAUAAAGAGGAGAGGUCUGCAAUUAAACUAAAUGUUUCAAAGACAGGCUUUUUCUCCAAUGGGAUUGAGUAUUCUGCUGAGGAUUUCGUCUAUGUCAACCCUGACUCAAUAGAUGGAUUGAAGGAGGAUAGCAGAACUGUUUUUAAGUCUGGGCGGAACAUUUCGUCUAUGUUCCUAGUCAGUCCUCUAGCAUCAGGGGUUUCCGGAUAGCUAUGAGUUCUCAGGGAACAUUAUACACAAGCAUAGGCAUAUUGGGAAUGCAGUUCCUCCACCAUUGGCGUUUGCUCUUGGUCGUAAGCUCAAAGAAGUCUCUUCAACAACAACCCUAAAUGAGAUUUAGAUUUGGCAUGUCCUUUUUAAUUACAGUAGUCAUUAUGAUCCUUCUCUUAAAUGAAACUCAGUUAUUGGUGCUGGUACUUUUAUAUAAAGAAAAAAGCCU